GAAAAAGAAAAAAAAAGAAAAUUCUUGAUAGAAAAGGGAACUUUCUAUUUAAUUUUUAGGGGUUUAAGGAAAUAAAAAAGGGUAUAGAAUAGAAGGUGGAAGGUGAAGAGUAAGGACUUUGAAUCGAAUCGUGGCCAAUAUUGACACCAAAAACCCACCCAAUUCCCAUUGCAAUGGUCUCCCUCUCAACCUGGUUUCGCUACAUAGCCCACAAGUUUGAGUAUUCCGUCGCUCUUAGCUGGAAGAAUUAUAAAAGAGGUCAAAUUACUGACAGAGAAGUGGGUGAUGCUGUAUGGAAAAAUCUUCUUCAAGGAAGGCUAUCAUACUUGCAUUGGAACAAAGGAGAGGAGAUGACCCCGACUGUUGGCGGAGGAACUCUUCUUGUUCGGAAACUACCAGCUACCGAUCCAGCGCAUGUUUUUGUUGGAGAUGUAGUAGUAUUGAAGGAUCCCGAGAACCCAGAAAGUUAUAUAGUACGAAGAGUGGCUGCUAUUGAAGGGUACGAAAUGGUCUCUACUGAUGCAAAUGAUGAACCUUUUGUUCUUGAAAAAGAUGAGUGCUGGAUUUUGGCUGACAAUGAUAAAUUGAAGCCCAAGGAAGCCAAUGACAGUCGAAAAUUCGGUCCAGUUCCCAUGACAGACGUAGUUGGUAGAGUCAUGUAUUGCCUACGAACAGCCGUGGAUCAUGGACCUGUGAAGAAUAGUCCAUAUGGGAUGCGAAAAGAUAUGCCCGUAUUGAUGGUUGAAUUGGACGUCGAUGAGCUCGCCAAGAAUCACAAAGCCUGAAGCUCGCUCGGGCUCAAUCAGUUUGUAUGUAUUGCUUUUCCCCCAACCCCAUUUUCUUAUGGGAUAAAUUUCAUUCUUCUUUCAUUCCUUUUUUUCCUCUAGUGAUUUAAAAGGAAAAGAAAAAAAAAAGUAAAUAAACAAAUAUGGGAUUUUUAGGUUGGUCAUCACUUCAGAGAAUGGCGGUCGAUUUAUGGCUGACCGGUUUGAGAAACGGGGUUUUUUUCUUUUUCCAUACCGAUGAAUACAAAGCGACUUGUGUAUCGAAAAAUUUAAGUUAAAACACUAUUUGUAAUAAGCUUUCCUAAUAACAAUUAUUGUUGUAUGGAAAACUUAUGAGAAGAGAAGAAAAUCCAUCCAUAUGUAAACCUCUCUAAUUUAGUAAUUUCUGUGUUCUUAUGUUUUGGAAAAGCCAUUUUCUUGGUUUCAUUCUAAUGUAAGAUGAACAAGUUGUCUUUAUAUUUUUUUGUCCUUUGAAAGAGUGUUUAAUUCAGAAGUUGUAGACUCAUCAAUAUUUGAA